AUUAUGCAACAGGAUGAGCACAAAAAAAACAACAACCAAAAAACCGCCUCCUUACAUUGCAAACUUUCUAGGGCAGAGCUCAGUUGCAGACAUUGCAGAGCAACAGCCACAAGCACCAUGAAAAACUUCAUCUUGAUGACAGCUUUAAGUCUCUGCAGCUUUGGCCAGAUAUUUAUCUCGUAUUCUGAGUCUCACACUGUGGAGGUUCAGCCUGGUGAAAAUGUGACACUGCUGAGUAAAAACAUCUCCAAAUAUGAAGCUGUGACAUUCUGGUUCAGACUGGUCGACAGAAAUACGGCCAACUGUAUCUCUGUUAUGAUCAACUUUAACAAAGUGGAAUACUGCAAAACGUUUCAAAGUGGAAGAUUUCAAAUGGGAACCAACGUCUCCAGUGUCUUUCUCAACAUCCAAAAAGUGGAUUUAUCGGACUCUGGACUGUAUUUGUGUGGAUUUUACAUAAAGGGACGUCCAAGUUUCACUGUAGUACAUCUAAAUGUUAAAGGCAGCAAUGAGCCACAUGAUGACAUGGAGAGCAAGAGUAUAAACGAGUCUGCAGGAGCAAAGCUGACGAGUGUGAUCCUGGGGAGUCUGAUUGUUUUCCUUCUAAUGGUCAUCAUUGGUCUGCUUGUUAAAAUCCGGAAACUUCAGACAGCUCAUAGAGAAGGACAGAGUCCAGAGCAAAGAGAGAAUCUGGGCUCUGCAGCGGUGAAGUUUCUUCCAAAGACAGUUAGAAACAGAAGACCUGCUUCAGAGAGACAAGAGGAGACUUGUGUGAUUUAUCAGAAGUCAGAAGUGCUUGAUUAAUCCCCAUAGGGAAAUUGUUUUUGUUACCGCAGCUCCCAAACGGUAAGUGAUAGCAAGAAAAACAAUAGUAAGAAAACAAAACUUUAACAAUAUACCCUAUACAAUAUCCUAUUUUAAACAAUAUA